ACAGGAGAGUCGGCAUAUCCGUGUGAUUUGCCAUGACGACUGAAGCAGGCUUGGACUCAGAGCCUAAGCAAAAGAAACAGCAGCAGAAGCAACAGCAGAAGGAGUUGAAGGGGAGUCAUUCUAGUAAGCAGGAGUUUCCCACGACUUCCGCACACAGCACUGCAGCCAGACAGGACCAGGGUAGAGAGGAGACGUCUGAGGGCAUCAGAGCAGACUCCAGGCAGCGUGAAGACAGCCGGACAUCCCAGAAGUCUCUCAGCGGUAAACUCUCAAAGUCCCCACUGAGAAACAACAGGACUGUGAAGAAGAUGCAGUGUAAAGUCACCCUGCUGGACGGUUCAGACUACACCUGCGCGGUGGAGAAGCGAACCAAAGGACAGGUACUGUUUGAUAAAGUCUGUGACCAUCUUAAUCUUCUGGAGAAGGAUUACUUUGGCCUCACGUACCGUGAUGCAGAUAACCAAAAGUAUUGGUUGGACCCAGCCAAAGAACUGAAAAAACAGAUCGCAAAUGGUCCCUGGAACUUUGCCUUCGGUGUAAAGUUCUAUCCUCCAGAUCCAUCACAGUUAUCUGAGGACAUCACAAGGUACUUCCUGUGUCUCCAGGUGAGGGACGAUGUGGUGUCAGGACGUCUGCCCUGCUCCUUUGCCACCCACACGCUGCUGGGCUCUUACACCGCCCAGUCUGAGCUUGGAGACUACGACCCUGAUGAACUGGGUACUGACUACGUCAGUGAGCUUCGCCUUGCCCCCAAUCAGACCAAAGAGCUGGAGGAAAAAGUCAUGGAGCUGCACAAAACCUACAUCGGGAUGAGCCCCUGUGAUGCUGAGAUGCUUUUCCUCGAGAAUGCCAAGAAACUCUCCAUGUAUGGUGUGGACCUGCAUCAUGCCAAGUUGGUAGGAAGCCUCUUUGAGUGCUUGGCUCCAGCAAAGGAGGAGGACUCAGAGGGAGUGGAGAUCAUGCUAGGUGUGUGUGCCAGUGGACUCCUCAUCUACAGAGAUAGACUGCGCAUUAAUCGCUUUGCCUGGCCCAAGAUCCUCAAGAUCUCCUACAAGAGGAAUAACUUCUACAUCAAGAUCAGACCAGGAGAAUUUGAGCAGUUUGAAAGCACUAUUGGAUUCAAACUCCCGAACCACAGAGCAGCUAAGAGACUUUGGAAGGUCUGUGUGGAGCACCAUACCUUUUUCAGGCUAGUAUCUCCAGAGGCUCCUCCCAAAAAGUUCCUGACGCUUGGUUCGAAAUUCCGCUACAGCGGCCGCACGCAAGCGCAGACCCGCCGCGCAAGCUCCCAAAUCGCCCGGCCCGCGCCCUCCUUCGAACGCUCCACCAGCAAGCGCAUCACCAUGUCCCGCAGCAUGGACGGAGCCCCCGUCUCUGCCAACCACGAAAACCUCAUGAAGGACCCUAAACCCGACGGAACCGCCAAAGUCACAGGUGACCUCAUCACCACGGUAACACCGGAGAUAAAAGCAGAGGAGGAAAAAGCGGCGGAGGAAGAGAAGACCGUCGGCACAGAGUCAUCUGAACCCGCACCCUCUACUCCUGUCUCCAAGUGCCCCCCCUGUCUUUACUCAUCUGAUCCCCUCGGCUCUGAGCUUUCCCUUCCCUCCUCCCCCGUCUCCUCCACCAAAGUGCGGAGAAGGCGCAGGGAGAGCACCCGUAAACGCGCCGCCUCCGUCAGCCCGGCUAAAACCACUGCGGGCUGCCGUCAGAGGCAGGCCCGCGCCGACCGUAAGGCCGCCCUGCUAGAGGAGCAGGCUCUGCUUCUGUCCGCCCGUAAGCAGAGGCUGGACCAGAACCGAGCCAAAGGCGGCACGCUUUUCUCCUUCUCUCUGCACCUCCCCGACCUCUCCUCCCUCCUGGACGACGACGGCUACCUGUCUUUCCCCGACCUGUCCGAGCUCCACUUCCUCCCGGAGAGCCUCCAGCACUUCCUGCCCAUCAAAUCGCCCUCACUCAUCCCCUGUUUUCUUUUCAUCUUCUUCUUCCUCCUCUCCACCUCUUUUUCCGUUCCCUACGCUCUCACCCUAUCCUUUCCCCUGGCCCUGUGUCUUUGCUACCUGGAGCCAAAGGCAGCUUCACUGAGUGCCACGCUAGUCCAGGGUUUCCAUGACAGUUCUGAGGAAGAGACAGACAGCGAGCAGACAGACUUUGCCUAUGAUGACGAGACAACAGCAACUGAGUCAGAGCAGGAGGAUGAUGAGUCUGAUCUGAGAACACAGGGCAGUUUCAUAAAGCGAAUAAAGGGAGAGAAUGUCUUUGUCAAACACAGUAACCUCAUGUUAGAGGAGACUGACACCACUGAACAGCUGGUUAAGCAUCAGACCAACAUAAGUGAGUUGAAGAGGUCAUUUCUGGAGACAUGCCCCAAUACCUCAGGUCUGACAGAAUGGGACAGGAGGUUGUCAUCUUCCCCUGUGCGUUCCCCCCGGCUAUAUGACACGCCCAUGGUCGAACUUCUUGUGCCCUUACAGCACACAACAGAAGAUGCCAAAGCAGAUUCUCAGGACAAGCAGCAAGCUGAUGCUACUGAGGUCAGCCGUAACCAUGCAGCAGAAGAAGAGUACAAGAGAUUUGUAUCACUUCCAACAACGGAGAUAGUUCAUGCAUCAUCAUCAUCAGAGAUGGCCAGCAGGACAACGCAGAGCUGGAGUGAACAGCGUCAGCAUGUGACUCAGGAUACUCCGGAUAGUUCUCCAGAGUCAACAAAAGUGUCCAUCAAAGCAGGAGGACAUGAUGUCAUAGAGUCUACAAAUCAUAACCUAGAAAGAGCUGACACUAAGCAGAAUGUAUCUGAAUAUGAGAGAAGAUAUUUCACUAUGAGGAAGAAUGAGGUUCCUGCUGUGUCAAGAGAAGACAUUGACCUCAACGCAGAGGCAGAUAACAUGUCUCUGGAAGACACUGACUACAUCAGAGAAAUCUUUAUCGCAGCCCCAGCUCAUGUCGCUCCCUGCUCAGGCUCUGUCUCUGGCCGAAAAGACGAGGACACUGGCUCCACCGUCACAAAAACAGCUCGGCAAGAGGAUUACCAUGACCACAGCGAGACUCUAAUCGCAUCAAGACUGAAAAUUAUUGAUGACAUUGGGGAGAUUUUUACAGCCGGUUGUGUGACAAAGAAACAAACUGAUUACAAGAGAGAGACUGUCUCUACCUUUGUUGUGGAGAAGCCUGUGUGUAACACCGUGCCAAGGGCUGAGGGAAUGGGGGAACGAACGCUAAUGCGGCGAGACAAGGCUCAGAGUUCAGCUCGCUUCCAGAAAGAGGCGGGUGCAGAGCCGCUGCAGUCUAGCAUAGUCUCUGCUCACUACAUCACCAAAACAUCACCGAUCUUCAAAGUGAGGUCUAAACUUUCCUACACUGAGGCGUACCCUCAGCAGGGCGCUGUGGUGUUUUUAGCGCAUACCAGCCUAGAGGAGGGUGUCUCCACUCAGGCUCAUAUUGUCCUCCAGAGCUCAGAUGAGCUGAAGGAGACCCACGGGGAGGCUGCAGCUGCGGAAAAGGUGUUGAUGACUGAGGGAGACACGGAGGCAAUGAAGGAGGAGCUACCACCUCCUUAUGAGGAACAGACGCAUUUUGGAGCUAUGCCAUCUCCAGAGAACAGCGUGCAGGAAACGAUUGCCAAAGAGGUUCCGGUGGUCCAGACGGAGACAAAGACCAUCACAUACGAGUCCGCUGAGGUUGAUGAGAACAAUGACACUGAUCCAGGGAUUCUCAUGAGUGCACAGACCAUCACCUCAGAAAACAACAGUACUACCACCACAACACACAUCACAAAGACGGUGAAAGGUGGCAUCUCAGAGACGCGAAUCGAGAAGAGGAUCGUAAUCACGGGAGAUACAGACAUUGACCAUGACCAGGCUCUUGCCCAAGCUAUUAAAGAAGUUAAAGAGCAGCAUCCCGACAUGUCGGUCACCAAAGUAGUGGUCCAUAAAGAGACAGAGAUCUCGCCCAGCGAGAGCAGCCAAUGACACAGGAGUAACACCUGACCUCGUAAAGAAAAGUUUCACUUCCUCACCUGCAAGAAAUCAAACACAAGUUCUG